UAAGCGCUCAUGCUCUCCACAGAACAAUAACAAUGGAUACGGUACUCCGGACCGCUGUCUUUGUGUGGAUUUCAGCUGGAUUUCUGUGUGUAGCUGGAAGAACCGAGAACUGUCCAAGAAACAACUUCACGGCAAAGUGUGAAUUUGUUUUCAGAAAUGUAUGUUUCGAGUUUGUUGGAGAACCGAAAACCUAUUCCCAGGCUAGGAGCAGCUGUGAAAAGCAAGGAGGAGAGCUCCUGAAGGGGAUGAACAACCCAACCAAAAUCUUCUUGGACAACAUAACCCGAGACUGGAACACCAACUUCAAUCACACAUGGUGGCUUGAAAAGACGGUUGGAAGGGAUAACUGGAAAUCCACCAAUAAAAACACCUCAUGCACAUACAUGAAGCUGAAUCCUCUCCAGCUCCUAACGUCUGACUGUAAAAAGAAAAGAGGCUUCCUCUGCACCCACAGUUUACAGUCUCCAUCAAACACAAAGUGUACUGAAAUUUCCAGCCAUGCAACCAGACAUCGGCACAAAAGGGGUCUACCUUCAAACCUUCCUGGUUUAAUUCCAAACCUUAACGAUCUAUCUACAAUCCUUCAAGAUGCUUUAACAACCUUAAACAUUAACAUAUUUCUCCAGAAUGCAGACAGAGUACUAAAAACGAUGGAAGUGACACCAGGGCAACCGACAGAUAGCAACAGGCAAGCAUUUGUGACAAAAUUGUUGGCAACUGUUAAGUUACUGAAUGUCUCAUUUGCCUUGAACAACACCGAGACACUCAAUCACAUCAUUAACUGCAGCAGUGCCAUCCUGAGUCUGUCACUGAAAAACUGCGAUCUUAAAAACAACCAAAACAAUCAAGGUUUUUUUGAAAGUGUCUUUAAGGUUAUUUUGCAAGUCACUAACCUGCUAUCAGGAGAGGACCAGUUUGUCAUGCAAUACCCAAUGGGCACCAUUUAUCAGAAAAGACAAAAACCCUCUGGCGUCGGCAAUUCAGAGCUGGGUUCAAAAGAAAAAGGCAAUUUCGCUAAGCUCCCUUCAAAUUCAGUGCUUGGACCCCUGCUUGAUAAGUACAGCAACAUCAUCUCUCAGAUGACUACGUUCAAUGAAAAUCCCUAUCCAUCUGAUGACAACAUAACAGGAAGUGUGUGCAGCCUUUCACUUAGUGAUGGAACGCAGGACAUUAAGGUGGCAAACCUGACAGAGAUGGUGGAGAUCUUUUUGGCUCGUCCAAAUGCUGCAGAUCUGAUCAACACUACUGUCGUGUUGGAGAAAAACUCAAAAUCGGUGACUAUACUCAACAUCUCAGACACUAAUAUGACGAUCUUCUUCGGCGUGGAGCCCAGUGCGAAUGUGUCACUGGUUCUCCUCUUGUCUCAUGGGUUGCCUCCUAAUAACACAUACUACAGCAACAGAACCGUACUGAACCGCACAGAGGGCUUUCGCUGGAUGAUAACACCAGACAUGUUACAAAAGACUCCUGGGACUUGGUAUAUUGAUGCAAGAGUUUCUGAUUCUGAAUGGCAGCCAGACUUGAACCUGAAGAUCACCACUUUUAUGAGCAAGUGCCUGUACUGGAACACAGACACGCAGGCAUGGAGCAAUGAAGGCUGUAUGGUGGGGAAAGAAAGCACUCCACAACGAACGCAGUGUCUCUGUAAUCACCUCACUUUCUUUGGGAGCUCCUUCUUUGUGAUGCCAAACUACGUCGACAUAUCCCGCACUGCAGAGCUGUUUGCCACUGUGAAUCAGAACUAUGUGGUGCUGGCCCUGCUGUGUGCAUUUUUCGGACUCUACCUGAUCACACUGCUGUGGGCCUGCUAUGCUGACCGGAGGGCACGCUCAAGGAGAAAGAUGACACUCUUGGAGGACAAUCACCCAGCUGCACAGUACAGCUACCUGAUCGGCAUCCAAACUGGACGUCGCAGAAAUGCUGGGACCAGUGCCAAUGUCACAGUGAAGCUGAUUGGCUCAGAAGCAGAGAGUAACAUACACACUCUCACAGACCCUGAGAAGCCAGUGUUUGAGAGAGGAUCUGUUGAUUAUUUCGUGCUGGCCACACCCUUCCCACUGGGUGAAGUACAGACCAUCAGGCUGCAGCACGACAACUCUGGAGGUCAUCCAUCAUGGUACAUAAACAAAAUGACUGUACAGGACCUCCAAACGCGGCACAUGUGGCACUUCUUUUGUGAAUGCUGGCUGAGUUCUGAGCGAGGAGACGGCAUGACCAAGAAAACCUUCAAUGCUGCAAAAGUCAACGAGGUUGCCAGCUUCAGGAACAUUUUCCAGACCAGAACAUCGACUGGAUUUAGAGACGAACACAUCUGGGUGUCCAUCGUGGAUCCUCCCUCACGCAGCCCGUUCACACGUGCCCAGAGGGUUUCUUGCUGCAUGUGCCUUCUGCUCUGUACCAUGGCCAUCAACAUCGCCUUCUGGAACAUCCCUGUGGAUCCAAACUCAACAGUACUCUUUUCAAUGGGUUCAAUAAAGAUGACCUGGCAGGACCUCAUGGUGGGCGUGCAGUGCGGUCUCCUCAUGUUCCCAAUCAACAUCCUCAUCAUCACAAUCUUUCGAAGCAUCAAACCUCGCAUAGUUCCAAAAUCUAAGAAAGCUGACCCCGAGGAGAACCUAAGACCCCCCAUAGUCAACAUACCGACUGUGCUGAGGGAUGUAGAGCAGAUCAUUUUUUUGGCAAGCAAGAGCCCAAGAAACAAGAUGCUAGAGAUGCACAGACUGGAAUCCGUUGCCGAUCUCUUCUCUGCCUUGGACAGGUUGAAUGAAUUAAUUCAGCACAUGCAAGGAGAGAGUGAGAGUGACCACCACUUGGUGUACUGCAGCAAGUUUCUCCUAGCUAGUCUCUGUCAUCUCCUGAUGUGCCUGGAGAAACUGGAUUUCAGAUACUUUGCGACUCUAGAACAGUACCAGCAGGCCCUCAACUACACCAACGCGCUGGUUCACAAGACUGAGAUGGUCUUCAGCAGCCACUUGGCCUACUGCCCACCUCCUGCGAAGAAACCAAAGAAGAAAGCAACGACUAUCCUGGGCUGCUGGCUGCCAUGGUGGUUUGUGUUCGUGGGCUGGUUCCUGUUGCUGUCCAUCAGCGGCAUUUCAACUUUCUUCACCUUGUUGUAUGGCUUUCAGUACGGCAAAGAGAAGUCCAUCAAGUGGGUCAUGUCUCUGGGCCUCUCCCUUUUUGAAAGCAUCUUUAUUCUGCAGCCUCUCAAGGUGAUAGGCGUUGCUGUGAUUUUCGCCCUCCUGCUCAAACCUGUAGCUGUAGACGAGAGUGAAGAAGUUGAGCAAGUCCUGUUAGAGCAACAGGAAAAGUGCAGACAGUACAGCGGCAGGGACACGAUGUGAGGAUACUGCAUUUGACGACAUGACCUGUCUCCUCCAACAUGCACAGCUGCGACACACGGCCCCCCCUCGCUUCUUAGACAAUCUUUUGCACUUAUUGUAAGUUUUACUUUCUGGAUAUAGAGCUGCAUAACACAUCGUGGUGUUUUGUAUGUGUACAGAGUUUCCAGUACCUAUGAGAAUCUUUUUGAAGUUGUGAGUCAGAGUAAUGGGCAAUUAAAUAACUGUUCUUGUAUGUAAAAUUCACCAUGAAUACGUAUGUGAAAAAGAGAUUUUUUUUUCCUUUUUAAAAAAGUGGUUGAUACAUUCAUUUAAUGCUAGUGCAAAACACAUAUACAGAUUCACAUAUAUGUAAACAAGUUAAGAACUAUUAUCAUGGAGUGUGAAAAAAGCUGUCCUUUAUCCAAUAAAGUACAAUAAAGUAGUGAUCCAGGAGAAAUAGAAGAGAAAUUUCAACAGAAAAAAACCCUGCAAAGAAUUAUUUUUCAGUAACUUUAACACAGCUUCCUGUUUAAAUGCUUCCCUAUGAUUCUAAUGGUUAAUAGCGUUCACUAUCUCCUACCUACUGACUGUAAAUGAAGUUGUGUGAAAUAGUGCGAAGGUACUUUUAUGUUGCUGCUCAUCUGGGAUCUAAUGAUUAAUUGAUUACAUUUUUCAUUUCACUCCUGUGACUGUAAUUGAUACUGAAAGUGUGUUUCAUGCCUCUUUAUCACUCAUACCUGCAUCUGUGAGAUUCAUUCAGUCCUCAGUUUGAAACACUUAUGUAACAGAUCUCACUUCAUUCAAGUUUGUGCUUUUGGUUUGGGAAUAUAAGCUGUUCUUCAGACAGCUGAUUGUCCUGUCUUAGAUCUUCUGUGCUUAAUCACAAAUGAUUUAAACUAUUUAUUCACUGGUGUCAUACAGUAGUAUUAUAUGUGUGAAUUUCAAUAAACAGCUCUGCAGUUGCUUAGUUGAUGUUUAAUGUUUAAAUGAUUUAUAAAAUUGAACUCGGGUCAAAAAGAGAUGUGUUGAUCUGUGUAUACAUCCCUAUUGAAUCCCAGAGAUGACCAGCAGCUUACAUAACAAUUAACAGUCACUCCAUUAGUAAAAUACAUCAGUGCACAAAGACUAUCACACCAGAUCACCAGAGGCUGGAAAGCUGAACCAAAAAGUGGUAUUUGUGACCUUUGCAUGAUUACCACUAAACCUCUUGCAAAUUUUGUAUGUUUUUAUAAGUUCAAUAUAAAAAAUUAAAAAAAAACUACCUCCCAGCUUUAGUAACUUUCCACACAUGUUCAUCCACAUUUUCCCUGACUGAGGCUCAGGAGGUGGAGCAGGUUGUCCACUAAAGGUCGGGAGUUCAGUGCCUGGCUGCUCCAGUCUACAUGCCAAAGUAUCGUGGGCCAAAACAUUGACCCCCGGGUUGCUUCUGAUGCGUUCGUCAGAGUGUGAAUUGUGAAGUGCUAUAUAAGAAGCAGUCCACUUACUAUUUACAAUCACACUCCCGCAUUUAGUUUAUUGGGAUCUGCUCAUCUCAACAGCAUCCCAACCUUUGGAAACAGAACUCUCGAGUCUUAUUUGGACACCAGUUUAAAAAAUAGUCGGCUCAAUCACACAGAAAAACACAAAUAUUAUGUGUGUAAAACGGUGUGACCACAGAGUAUAAGACUUAAGAAAUUCAACUCAUUCCAAUUCAAAACAAGAGCAACCUCAAGGCAUUUUAUAUUGUAAAGAAAAGAUCCUACAAUAUUAGAUAGAAAACAGUGGGGAGGAAGAACUCCCUUUCAACAGGAAGAAACCUCCAGGAUAUGCAGGCUCAGGGAGGGGAAAGAGAUAAGGAGAAAAGAAGGGAGACACAGACAAAAACUAUGAAAGAGAAAACAUGAGCUUUAUCAAAAGGAAAACUUUAAGCCUAAUCUCUCUCCCAAAUCCAAACUGAGAGCUGGAGUGAGGCCUGAUACCUGAAGGCUCUGCCUCUCAUCCUACUUUUAGGAUGAGAAGACUGUCGAAAACCAAAUGAUCAUCCAAACUUAACAGGAUGCAGUUUUCACAUGAUUGUGCCGCUCUUAACUCAUACCUGUAUUGAUCACAAGUGUCAAACAGAAAAUGGGUCAAAUAUGACUUGAUGCAAUACUAUGUUGUAAAAACUGAAAGGAUCCAUUAUGUAAAGAGGUUAGUUUCACAUUAACUUAAAACGCAGUAUGUUUUACAUCAUUGAAAAAAUGAUUUCCUUUUCAGAGCUUUGCCUUAACAUUAGGGACCUCUGCUGGUUACCAUUGAGAUUUACAGGUUGUUGUGUUUUUUUAAGAAAAAUUGAUGGAAAAUUAUGUGCAAAUCUUACAAGCUUUCCAGUUCCAAAUAGUCUUUUAUUAAAUUAUUAUUGUAGUAUACAUUGUUUGGGGGGGGGUAAUAUUUUUUUGCAACAAGACACUAUUUUGUGUCUUAAAGUUUAACAUGAAAGAACAAUCCAACAUAGAAAAGACAGUGAGCAGAUCACAGUUCUGUAGUGUUAAUUAUCUCUCCAUUUUCUCCCAGCUCAUGUAAAACUAUUAAUUAACUGCACGUAUAACCCAGCGGGGAAGCUUUUCAAAGCACAUCCAGAGAUUGCUGAGUCAUAUUAUUCAAGGCCACCGUCUAUUUUCCAUGCAAGCAGAGCCCAGUGUAGUCAAGUUACAGAAACAAUAACAAAAACCUCUCACUACACUUAUUACAAUAAUUAGAAACAUCUACCUCUAGUGCCUGCACAGAUUUUUUUAAUCUAUCAAGCAAAUUAAAACUCAGAAUCUGUGGAGUGUAACGCAAAUAAGGUCAACUAGAAACUGAAAAACGCAUUACGUGUCCAGUCUUGGUGGAUAACAGAUGAUUAAUCCUAAAACAGACUGGCAAGGCCUCGGAUGAGAGGUGAUAGGUAAGGCAAAUGGAGUGGUGAACAUACAGUACAAGACCCAUGCACACGAUCACAAAAGACGGCACAAACUUUUUCCUCUGCUCUGAAACUUUCCAUCUAAUCAAAUCAGUUUGUUGUCUGGCUGCUUUCGCCUGCCAGGAUUUUAAUUGCAAAUUUGUUUGUUCAGUCAUAAAAAAGUGCAGGUAUUUUGUAAAACUGACAUUCAAAAGGGCAAAAAGAAAACUUUAUUUGGAGAUACUGUAUAUAAAACAGAUUUGUCAAAUAUUGAACAAUUCCCGGCUGCCAAACUCCUUUUCCUAUACAGUUAAAUCAUGUAAAUAAGUCUACCUAUAUUGCUGUAAGUGUUUUAUAUUACAGAUUUCCAUACAUGUUGUCACUUUACAUCUGUGUCCCAUCGCCCCUCAAACGGAAAAGGUUUGAAACCUGAUAUAAAUAUACCUUGAAGUUUGAGAAGCUCGGUAAUGAUGAGCAUUUAACGAUCCCACAGUGAGAAAAACUGCGUAACACACUGAAAAUAUGGCUUCUAUGUGUCUCUGUACAGCUGAGAAAAACCUCAGUGACUGUUGGAGCCUCGCUUUGGAAACAAAAUGGUGACUUUAAUGCGUAAAAGGUUGUUCGCCACCGAGAUGGCGCAGCCCGCUAUACCUGUCAAACUGGUCUGAGAUGGGACUGAGCGACACAGUGGAUCACAGCAACAGUGUGUGCAAAGCGGAAUAAAGGCAUGUACUAUGAAUAUCAAUCAAACCCAAAUCCUUCAGGAAAAUCAACACAUAAGAUCUAAAUGUGAACAUAUUAAUUAUCACACAGACAAAUGGAAAAGGUUAAAAGUCAGUGCGAUUUUAAAUAAGGAGCGAGAAGGGGUGAACACCCACAUGAUUGUUUAAGAUUUUAUCCAACGUGCCACUAGAAGGAAAUGAAAUCAUGUGGCACUUAAAAGUACUGUCUCUCAUUAGCUGGUCAUAGCUAUAUAAAUGAGGUAAUAGAUUACAUGUAUGUUUAAUAUUUGUGUAAAAUUACUUCACCAAGAAAGAGGGAGGAGAGCUACCCAAAUCUGAUUCAGAGCCUUGAACAAUUCCCAUUUCCUGUUCUGAGCUGUGUAGGUGACACAGGCCUGUUUAUGUAUAUCAGGUUAAAGCAUUUAGGUCUUCUUCUUCAGCUCCUCAAAGCGCCGCGUCAAA